AAUCCAACGGUUCUACUCGUUCGGCUCUUUUCUCUCUCUCUCUCUCUCUCUCUCCCCUCACCAGUAGGUGAGCAUUAAUUGGAGAGUUAAAAAAAAAGGAACAGAAAAAACCAGCCCUGACCUACACAAUGUGGGAAAGGGAUUUCUAGUGGUCACCCCAGUUUUCUGCUCUUCGGUUGUUGUAAUUUUUUUAUUGUUGUUCUAACGACUUGAGAAUCAUUUGAGGAAGAAGUUCCAGACGUGUUAUAGCUGUCAUACGGUGCGGGCGGCUGUGGAGUGUUGUGGUUUUCAGCAUUGUUAUUGUUUGUUUUUUGUUUGGAAGCAUGACAGUUUAGUGUACGUGAACUGAGUUUGUUUUUGUACCAAAAUGGAAGAAAAAGUGCCUGAAUUCGCAUCGAAAGACGAAGCAAUAGAAUAUUAUAAGAAGCUUUCAAAUGAAUAUAAAAGAAGGUUGUCCGACUCGCAACAAGAAUUAGAAGAAUUCCAGGAAGGGAGCAGAGAUUUAGAAGCCGAACUGGAAGCACAGUUGGAACAGGUGGAAGCUAAAAACAAAGAGCUUGUUUCGUGUAAUAACCAGCUGAAGCUAGAAUGUGAACGACUGCAGGCCAAAUUAAAUAAUUGCCAAACUGAUUCGUCUGCCACCAUAUCAAAUUUGCAGGAAGAGCUGCAAAAGUUGCAAGCAGACAAAGAAGACUUGCAGCUAUACGUACGAAAACUAGAACAGAAAAAUGAUGACUUUGAAAGAGCAACAAGAGCUUCCCUAAUGUCUUUAGAAGAUUUUGAAACAAGACUAAAUCAGGCAAUAGAAAGAAAUGCUUUUUUAGAAAAUGAAUUAGACGAAAAAGAAAAUAUGGCCGCCCUAAUACAGAGACUUAAAGAUGAAGCACGAGAUUUAAAGCAGGAACUGUUGAUCAAUGAUUCCAACAAGAAAAAUGAUGUGUCACAAUCCCCAUCUAAAAUCAGUGAUAACAUUAUAGAUUCAAAUAAACGAAAUGGUGAAUCAGAACUAUCACACUGGGCGAGGCUUCGAAGAAGUCAUACCCGUGCAAGUUUUUUAUCAAGUGCAUCCUCAAAUGUGCCACAUUCUGCUUUGAAUAUCGUCGGAGAUUUAUUGAAAAAAGUUGGAGUCCUGGAGUCCAAACUGCAAUCCUGUCGAGAAAGUAUAAAAGAUAAUUCCGACCAUCUGGGAGACAAGAGGACAACAACUUCACUCACUGCAGCCAACAGAGUGAGGCAUUUAAAUGGAACUUCUUUGUCGAACCCUAAAGAUUUCAUUCCACUGACAGCAUGAAAAUACCACCGAAUCAUCCAGAGAAAAAUUGUUCCUACGAGAUUUCAUUUUCUAGAGACAAUCAGAAAAAAUGAUUAGUAUUGAACUUGUGUGAGAAAAAGGGUUUUAUGCAUCUUUCUUACUUUCCUGAUGUGAUAAAAUAUUCAUUAAAGUGCCGAAACAAUCUUGUUCAGAAACAAAUCCUGACAAAAAAGUAUCCAGAAAAAAAUUCUAGCAAUAACACUGCAUGAAAUGUAGAUAAAUCAUUUAGAGAUAAGCAAUAUAAAUAUGCUUAGUGUACUUCAGAAAUAAAUUCACCAUAAAACAUUGUGCAAUAAGGGUGAGUACACAUUAAAAUUUAAACAGAGAAGCGAGCUUAAAAAAUAUGUAAAACGUUUUCUUUAACAAAAAAUAAUUUUAAAAGGAUCUGUGAUAAACACCACCGAAGUAGAUUUAAUUGACAAUAUUAAGAAAUUUGUUAACAAGUACUUGAGAUAUAAAAAGUAGACUGUAAUCAUUUUGUUUUUAAAUGUAAAAAGAACUCUUAAUAUAUUUAAUUCAUGCAUAAACAUAAAUACAUUAGAAGCUGAAAACAGAUUAAAUAUUUUGAUUGAUAAGAUAUAUGAAAUUGAUUUGUAAUAAAUUUUGCUGCACUAUUUUAAAAAGGUUAAUGCUCCUGAAUAAUUAAUAAUUCAUAGCAACAAGUGUUGAAUAAGUGAUGUGUGUUAUUAUUCAUAAAUUAUUACACUACAUUUUACACAAGUUAUUUAGUAAACAAUUAUUUCAUCAAACUUUACCAAAGUCUUGAUAAUCUUACAUUACAGUAAAGUGUUAAGAGAAAUUUUUAUGCCACUUUUUGUGCAUGUGCUUGCAUUUGUAAACAGAGGUACUGAUAACAGAUGAUACAAGUAAGAUGAGUUGGUAUAAGCAAGAUGAGUAAGCUGUACAAAAUUUCCCAAUUUUUCAGCAUGAAUACCUCAGACAAUAAUUUUUAUCCAAAAGCAAUAAAAUCUUUAAGUAAUGGCUUUUUGAUAAUCCCAUACAAAAUAAUUGAAGUUAUCAUAUUCAAAAGCUUUACAAACUGAACAACAAUUAUCUAUCUGAAAAUUAUUCAACAUUCACAACAAUCACUUUUACAUUUUAAAAAUUUUCAAUAAAAUUUUCCCAAAAUCCAUUCUUUUCAUGGACAAUUUACAAAAUGCAUUUAUUUCUAGCAAUCGACAGAACUGAUCUGGUGAAUGAAUGGCUUUAAUUUAAAAACAAACAAAUGUAUUUUUUUCUACAAUAAAUAAGAGUGCACUGUAUUCUGAAGUACAUUUGUUAUCAACAAAUGAACUUCAGAAGAAAUGUAUUGUUAUAUUGUUGACAAACAUUUGUAAAGAUCAUUAUUUUUUUUAGCCAAACUGUCAUUAUUUUUGUAAUUCUCUAGAAUAGUGUAUUUAUAUUCUCAUUUGAUUUUUUUCCCUAUUUGGUGCCUUUAUUCUAUUUGGAAAAUGUCUGCAUUAUUGAUGGGAACUUCAUACUAUUUUUAUUGAACAUAUUUUUCUUAAUCCCAUAGAAAAUUGGGAUAAAAACCAUGAACUGUAGAGUAAAAAUAAAGUGAAAAAACUCCAA